GACGACGACGACGGCGUCGUGCCGACGGCGGCCCAGCUCGUCGCCUUCUACCGCGACGUCUUCAGCCGCGGCCAGAUGGAGCUCGAGUGCAUCGUGACCUCGCUCAUCUACGUCGAGCGGCUCUUGAAGGCCGCGCGGGGCAAGGUCAAGCUCCGGGCGUCGAACUGGCGGCCCGUGCUGUUGAGCUGCAUGAUCAUGGCCUCCAAGGUCUGCGACGACUUGAGCAUGUGGAACGCGGACUUUAGCCACAUCUGCGCCGCGUUCACGCUCAAGCGCAUCAACGACCUCGAGGCCGCGCUCCUCGCGGCCUACGGCUUCAACGCCACGGUGCCCGCGUCGGAGUACGCCAAGUACUACUUCCACCUCCGGUCCAUGGCC